AUGCCCCCGACGGGAAAACGAAUCGACCAGGCGGUGACAGAGUGGCUAUUCGACGAGAUCGCCGGCCUUGGUGGCGGAGACCCCCGGUCAAGCCCCGUGGCCACCAGGCGGCUGAUCGAGAAGGCCAGGGCGGCCAGGGAGAGGCUCUCCAAAGCGUCGGAAACGGAGGUGGAGGUGACGUUCGCCAACGGCCAGAGGGGCUCCGUGACUCUCACUAGAGCAAAAAUGGAGUCGUUGAUCAUGGAGCCGCUGAAGCGUGUCAUGGCGCCGAUGAGGGAAGUGGCCAUAAUGGCCGACAUCAGCCUCCCGGGAGACACGGGAGCCUUCAUGGACUACGACUUGGAGGACUCGAGGGAGUGGCGCGAAGGCGUUAGCGGUGGAGGAGGCGAGGCUGCGGAACGACAGGGGAGAAGCCUCCGGAAGCUCCGCAAAGAGCAGGCGAAAGCGAGAAAAAAGGCCAGGUCCCAGUCCAAGUCUCUGAGGAAGCAGGCGAGACUAGGGGGUUCUGCUGUGGCGAGCACUUUGAGAUACGUGGUGGGGGGGUGUACUCAAAGUCUGAUGUCAUGCGCUUCCCCUAGUACCGCGUUAUACAUGUUGUUCAUGGCACAGCAUGCGUGCAACCAGGUGUCUUCGAUGGCCGAGGUUGCUCGGAGAAUGGACGGGAGCGCGAAGCUGAGGCGUUUUCCUCAGGGGGGGCGAAUGGUUGACAAGGUCGUUCUUGUUGGGGGCGCAACAAGGAUGCCCUGCGUACAGAGGUUGGUCGGUGGCAUCACCGGGGUGAAGCCGAAGAGGACGGUGGACCCCGACCGCGCGGUGGCCUUGGGCGCGGCCGCGUUCGCGGGGAUCCUCGAGGGCGAGGUGGAGGGCCAGGAGGUGAUGACGUCCUGGCAGGCCUCUGUCUACCGCAUGAUGGCGAGAAACGGCAUGAUGGAGUGAACGACGUGCCCAACAACCCCACGGCUUCAACUUGUGUAGCUUAUACGGCAUGGGUCCAGCGAUGAGCCGUGCCAGAGGUUCACGGAGAGGGAUGUCCACAUGCCGAGCGAUGCCCGCACUUCCUUCACGUCGGAGGUAGGGUUGCUUUGGAAUGCCGGUUGGAAAAAUAUGGCCCCAUGGAGGGGUGUUUGUGCACUAUGCCGCUGCAUGGCGACUGAGACAGUAAGAGGAAGACCCGAUACGAUACAGACCAAGCCCCACAUGGCCCAUUUUUUGUGGCGUGGCGGGGGUAGGCGGCACUCAGUUCAGUAACGCUUGCACGGUCUAUGCGAGACUGACUGCCCAGCCUGCUGCUGCCAAGCACGGUGAUAGCGAUUGGCCAAGGGGAAUGCAAGGAUGGUACGGGCCAGUAAAGAUGUACUGUAGCUUGAGACUGUUGAAAAGCGUCGCAGGAGGGGUGGGAAGAUGCCAGAGAGGAAUUCAAGUUCUGGGGAGUCCCCUCUUGAAGUCAGACCCUUUCGACCGGUAGCGUAGGAUAGCCACAAGCGUGGGGUCCACUGCGACGCUUGUUGAGAGCGCGGGAAGACGAAAUGGAUCGCUCUGCCAUGUGUGAUACUUUCGCGACGCAUGAUGGUGUAUGACAGACUUGCAGCAGCAUGUACAGAAUUAGUUGUCAAGCCGUUGUCCGUCAUCGCAGAGAGCAACACGGGCCGCAUGGCCUGAUGGCAACGCUUAGAUCAUUGCUCGUAACUAUGCGCCUGUAUUGCAUUAUUGUAGUGUAUUGGUCUGCUGCUGCGACUAUGUAGGACGACGCAAAAUUUCAGUAUAUCCGCACUUGUGUACCCGUGCGAACGAACCAACGCAACAGUUUCCACUUGCGAGGAUGACUCCACCGGUGCGGUGGGUGAGUGCACCGCGAUGGCUACUUCCCAGAUUGGACCAUCCCCGAAAAACAU